AUGGAAUCGGCCCACGAUCACAAGAAAUUUCUCGUUUGCCCUACAUAUGCCUUACUCCUCUGUGUUGUUCGAAACUUGGGAUUCACGAUUUCAGUUUUCUUUGUAGCAGCAUUGGUCGAUUUUGGCAUCAUCGAUCAUCUUCCAGUUGAAGAGGAUGCAAAGUUAAUUGAGUCAUUGUUGGAGUUACAUGUAUCCGGAAAGUAUGGUGGUGCCGACAACGGAUUCAAACCCGAGUAUUUGAAGGCAGUGCAACAAUUACUAGAUAACAAACACAACACUGGAUUCGGCUGGGAUACGGAUAAAUGUUGUGUUACUGCCGAUGCUGAAGUUUGGGCUGAAUACAUAAAGGAUAGAGCUACUGAUCAUGGAGCUACUAAUCUUGGUGAAGAUGUGACUGAAGAGACACAAAGAAACUCACAUGUUGAUGUGGAAGGGUUGGAAGAGAUUGUUGAAGAGACACAACAAAUUGCUCGUGUCAAUAGUAAACGCAAAAGGCCUCCAACGGAUGACACAGAAAGCUCUUAUAAGGAAGCAGUGAAAGAAAUAAAAGAGACUUUCAAGGAGGUUGGUGAAAAACUUAAUCAAACAAUAUUCAAUAUAGGAAGGUAA